GGUUUCAUCAGCUCACUGGGGCUGCAUUUUACCAGGCGCCUUUGCCAAGGCCUCCCCGGCAGCGUCAACAAGUAUUGCACCUACUGCAGAAAGCCCUCAAGUUUCAUCACGGUGAUGCUAAAAAAUAUUCUCCAGGCUUCAGCAAUGACCUAGUUCAUUCAAGGGCAGGGGAAAAAAAAAAUGCUCUUCUUCCAGGACUCCCCUGAGCACGGAAUUUUCCCUCUUAGGAAGAUAGGAGCUUUUCUGGAAACAGACCCAACUGUGCUUUGACCCGUUCGUGGAAAAGACCCUGAACCCUGUAACUCCUCUGAAUCCCCAGUCCCAGGAACAGGGACACCCAAUCAAUGCCUCACACACAGCCUGGGGAGCCCACAGCCGAGCCAGCCCUCCUAUCACGUCUCUUGGACAAAAAGUAUUGAAAAAUUCAUGUGGCAUGAAAGGAUGGCCGACCCAGGAGGGCCCCAGAGGCCCACACUUUGUUUUUUAUCUACUUUGCUUUCCCGGAAAGUUCCUGAGAAGUCAGACACUGUGCUUCGCUGCAUAAUAUCUGGUCAGCCCAAGCCAGAGGUAACUUGGUAUAAGAAUGGUCAAGCCAUAGAUGAGAGCGGCAUUAUUUCCAGUUAUGAAUCCUUUGAGAAUCAGUAUAUUCACAUGUUACAUCUCUUUUGCUGUACCAAAAAUGACACUGCUGUUUAUCAAGUCUCUGCUAAAAACUGUUUUGGAAUGAUCUGCUGUUCUGCUUCCAUUGAAGUUGAGUGCUCGUUAGAGAACCUACAAGUCUCUCCUCACCCAGAAGAUGACGGGGACACAGGUUGGAAACAUGAAACAGAGACAUCUGAGCAGGAAAGCACAAAUCAACUUGGUGGGAAGGAUCAUCCUUAUAAGGAAGAAGACAGCCCCUCCUCGGGUGCUCCCAUGUCAGCUGAUUCCCCUUCCUCCAAAUUCAACUGUUUAUGGUCACUCCAGUUAUUGGCCAGUAAUGAUGUUAGUGCAUCCAGUUCUGAAAAUCCCUUGGAUGUUAAAGGAACCGGGCAAACUGAAGCGGCUUAUGAUCCAAAUAACACAGAGGACAUUGCAGAUGGAUUACUUUUUCCUAAUUCGAGUAAUAUUCCCGAUAAACAAGAUAUACAUUGCCAGAACACAGUGCAUUCCAAAGUGUCAAGGUCAAUGGAUGGUGCCUUAAAUGAUGAUGGCCCUAAUGAUGAUGUCUUGAUCUCCAGUCUUCAAAAUCCUGAAGUACAGAAAUGCAUUAGCUUCAGCCUACCGCUGUCAGAGGCAGUCGCAUCCAUUUACCCAGGUGAGAGAGCCACGAUCAACAAGCAACUCAGCCCACAGGUUUCCAGCAAAGACUCUGACAGUGACUAUGAACUUUGCCCAGAGAUAACCCUAACCUGCACCGAGGAGUUUUCAGAUGAUGACCUGGAGUAUCUGGAAUGUUCCGAUGUUAUGACGGAUUACUUUAAUGCAGUUUGGCAAAGGAACCUGCAGGGAACUGAGCAUGUUUUUUUAUUAGAAAGCGAUGACGAAGAGAUGGAAUUCAGUGAGUGUUGCCUGGGUGGGUGUGAGCACCUCCUCAGUGAAAUGGGUUGUGGGCCUCGGGUGUCAGAUGACACUGGGCCUAUGGAUGCCACCACUGGCUUCUGUGGUUAUCACUCACAACCCCAAGAAGUGGGGAUAAGGAGAAGCGGAGCCACCACCCACAGUUCCUCAUCCCUGCAAACAGGGAUGACUCUGACUUUGGGACCUCACCAGGAUGGAACGUCUACGGUGAUGGACCGGGGGAGAUAUAAACUACCCAUUGCUUCUGAGGCUGCUGAAAAUGAUUAUCAAGGAGUUCAAGGAGAAACCAGAGACAGCAACCAAGGAGAGGAAUUUGCCAGUGACAAUCUGCUAAACACGGAUAAAGCGGUGACAGAGACAGAGAUGAAGCGCUUAUCUGGUGAAUUAGAAAAGUCAGGGAUGAAGCAGUGUUUGAAGACCGUAGUGGAGAAACGAGUAGGGGAAGAGGAUUUAUUGAGCAAGAGAGGUUCAGAGAAACCUGCCAGGGUGAGGCGACCAGGAAUUAAGGGAAAACCCAAGAAGCUGAACCCCAACGUGAAAGAAAGUGCAACAGAAGACACCCUUAAUCUCCUCUAUCCCAAAGAACCUGUUAAGCACCCACUAACCCAGGGUGAUAAAAGAGCAAGUUCUCAUGCCAAAGCAGAAGCGACUGGUCUGAAUUUCCAGUUCCGUGCAGGAGAAUGUGCUGUUUCAGCCGAAGCAGAGCAAGAAGCAAAAACCCCACAAACUACGCCAGGCUCACUCCCCAAAGAAGGGAACUCACCCUUCAAGGGAGGAGGGGUGCGGGUUAAUAGGCUGUUUGAACUGAGCCGGGUUCCAGACUGGAGUGACCAUCCUCAGGUGCAAAUUCAGGAAACCAUCAGGGAGAGAAGCCCUCUCAGCCGGAUGCCAGCUUUCUCAGAGCCUGCCAGGGAGGAGCCUGCAUUUACUGGGACCACAGAAAAUUCCUUCCCCAACUUCGGAGGGAUCCACAAUCAAAAGGCACCAUUGGCCCAAUACCUGGAGGUAGAAAUCUGUCCUCGAGGCCCACGGCAUGGAGAAAACCAAGACAGAGAAGACAACGCACCCAGACAGUCUCGGGGAAAACGAGGACCUGAGCUGAGCAUCCCAGAAGCCAAUAAUGCAACUAUGUCCGCCUACGAGCUGUCAGCCCGCCUGCCCCAGGAGGGCAGAGCUGACCUCGUGGAGCCCGAGGUUCUCUCUGUUGCUUCCCCUGAAUGUGCAAAUACCGUCCCCACCCUGGAAACUGUGUGUGAUGUGCCAAGGGACAGAGAAGCAAUGUGUGCGAGGGAGCUUCUUGAAGCAGGUGAGCAAGAAACAUGUGAUACCAUGGAUUUUCCUGUUAGAGCCUCAGUUGAUAAAUAUUUGCCUCAAGAAAUUUGCCCCAUGGACUUAGAGCUGGCAGAAGGUCAGAGCAAAGUAUCUGAUUUAUGUUCUCCUGAUGACAAGACACUGGAUGUUCUUUUUCAGACACGAGGUUCUGAGCCUCCACAGGCUACUUGCGAAAGCAGCAACGACAGAAACUCGGCCGUGUCCCCUCUUUUUAUCAGUACUUUCACCUGGAACAUUUCACAGAAAGCCAGUGAAGGUGCCACAGGGGAAAGUCUAGCCGAGGUGGAGAAUCCCACCUCCACAUUGGCCUCCGUGGUACAGUCUGGCCAGGAGAAGCCGAGCCCCAGCUUCUCAGGAGGGCUUGAGGAAAGACAGCCUCUAUCUUCUGAGAAUAACUCUUUCGUGCGAUUUAAAGAAGGAGAUGACCAGAGGCCCUUUACCAGUGGCCCAGACACAACAGACACACCAGCUAGUCACAGCUCAAUUGUGAAAUUUCCUCAGGAGAGGCCGACAACAGUAAUUGCUAAUCUUGAGUGCCUUCAGGUGACCAGGGAGAGUGGGGACACAUCAGCUGUUACCAUUGCCACCAAAGUCCACACAGUCAAAUACCUCCCUGUUUCAGUUGCUGGGAACAGCCACGCAGAUGACCCAGGGGAGAGCUCACCUCAGGCACCAGAUGAAAAUAUUUUCCAACUUCCUUCCAAUGUAUGUUUGGGUCAUAUUUUAAAUGGUUCCACAACCGAAUCUCCGGAAGAGCUCCUUUACUUGGCUCCCAGUGGACCAGGAGUCCACAUCUGUGUUCCCCCAUUCCCAGAGGGAGAGGGUUUCUGUAGCAAUUCCCCUCUUCAGAUUGAUAACCAGUCUGGAGAGAAGGGCCGGACUGUGGACAGAGCAGACAGUAGGGGCCUUGAAGAGAAUUUACAAGAAAAAGGAAGUGAAACAACACAGAGGGUCCAGCAGGAGAGCCUGCCCCACCAGGGUCCUCGUUCUGAAGAUGAUUUCCAAGAAAGUUUGCCCAUGACCUCGGCUGCUCAAGGGGAAGUGAACCCAGUGCCCUCAGACCACUCAUCAGCAAACUCCAGGGAGCAAAGAGGGCAGAGCCCAGGCCUGGGGACUAGCAUGUCUGUGGUGGCAGAAGCUACUGUGGAAGAACAUGGUCAGGCUCUGAGCAAUGUUCCACCUCUCUCUAAUAUCCUCCUGGAGGAAUCUAAAGAGAGCGGACCAGGACUUUGGGAAACAGGCAACAAGCUGAAGAUUAUAACUCUAGAUGCUCCCAUUCCAGAAGUCUGGCCAUCAAAACAACUGACAGAUUCUGAGUGCAAGGAGUUGCAAGCUGUUCCCAUGAUCCCUAACAGGAUCUGGGCUGUUUCUGACGUUCUAAAGGCAGAUGCUGCCAUGCCUGAACUGUACCCCUCUGAAAUUGCAGCUUCAGUUCACUAUCCUCAGGCUGAGUCUGGCUCAGCCCUUGCUAAUAACAGAAAAAUCCAUGAAAGUGAAGAGCCAGCCCGUCAUGCACAUUGGAGUUGUCUUUCUUCCCGAUAUUUGAGCCAAGCCAGACUCAUGGAGUCGUCUGUGGACCCUGUAGAUGAAAAGGAAUUAUGUGUCACAGAUUUGCUAUCAGAGGCUUCCAAAACUGGAGGGAAGAAAAAUGAUAACAAUGUGAGUCAAAACCAAGAGGAAAACCAACUCAAGGUGGAUCACCCUGCCUUCUUUAAACAGUUUCUGACCUGCCCUAAAAUCCUAGAGUCCUCUGUAGAUCCCAUUGAUGAAACAAGUGUGACGGAGUGUGCCAGGGCUGAAAUAGCAGAGCCCUCUGAAUCCACACUGGGUGUCAUCAGAGAGGAGAGUAAAUUGAAUGAUGGAAACAUGAGCCAGAGAGUGAAAGUCCAACCUGCCAUCUUACAAGCCCCAUGCCCCCAGCAAAGUGGGGAAACCAUUCCAAGUGAAAACAGCAUCAACCAAAGCCAAGAAGACAGUGAGAGAGGGGAGGCUGAACAGAGUCAACAUGACAGAGCGACAGCAGAAGUCCAACCAGCCAUUUUGCAAGUCCCAUGUUCUGACAAAGGUGGAGAAACAAUUCCAAGUGGAUACAGCAGAAGCCAAACACAAGAAGGCAGGGAGAGAGGCUUAGGGAAGGCCGAACAAAGUAAAAACAGCACAGCAGAAUUUGUUUUCCCCACUUGGCCUCUUUCUAGCUGUCUUGAAGUAAUGACUCAUGCAUCUGUUGGAGCUGAUACUCACAGCUCCACAGGUCAAAUUCAUGACAUCCCCAAGAAUGAUUUAGUUAAGCCCAGAAACCAUCAAUAUGCAUUUUCUGACUCAAAGGAAAGGGGAGCCUUUGAGAGUGAGUAUGGGAAACAUUUGCCCUCUCCUAGUGGUCUUACUCAGGUGCCCUUUACUUCCUCUCCUGAAGGAAACAUCACAAACUUUUCAAUAAGCCACAAAAUUGAGGAACCUAAAAUAGUGGAGCCCCAAAUUGGGGAAACCAAACCCGCAAGUGCGCCUGGCUCCCCGGCAAUGACUUUGGCAUUCAUUUCGGGAGAAUGUGCAUCAGAUAAAGUGCCUAAGACGCUGCAGGACCCGUGUCAACAGGGCUGCACCCUGGGCCAUGGGAGAAAGUCAAGAGAAGAGAAGCCCAGCCACAUGGCAGACCAGACUGACAGAUUCCCCCCAGCACCCCCAGCAGCGACUGGGUGGGAGGAAGUCAAGAGGAAGCAAGAAACCUCAGGAAGUGGACAUCUAGCUGAAGGAGUAAAGAAGAAAAUUCUGUCCAGGGUGGCUGCCCUGAGACUGAGAUUGGAAGAGAAGGAAAACAUCAAAAAGAGCUGGAGCUCUCUUAAAAAGAUUCCUAAACUUGAAACAUCAGUAUCACCCACAGAUGAGAAAAAAGACCCAAAAAGGUCACCUUGCCAAAGAGAAGGAAAAGCUCCGGUAUUAUUGAAGAAGAUCCAAGCCGAGAUGUUCCCUGACCACUCCGGAAAUGUAAAAUUAAGCUGCCAGUUUGCAGAGAUUCAUGAAGAUUCUACUAUCUGGUGGAUGAAAGAUUCCAAGUCAAUAGCGGAAGUGCAGAGAAGUGCAGGAGACAACUCCACUGUGUCCUUGGCCAUCGUUCAAGCCAGCCAGAAGGACCAGGGCAUCUAUUAUUGCUGCAUCAAUAACAGUUAUGGAAAAGUGACUGCUGAAUUUAAUCUCACCGCUGAAGUUCUCCAACAACUUUCAAGUCACCAGGAUAUUAAAGGAUGUGAAGAGAUUGAAUUCAGCCAGCUCAUCUUCAGAGAAGACUUCCUCAAUGACAGCUACUUUGGGGGCCGCCUGCGCGGUCAAAUUGCCACAGAGGAGCUGCACUUUGGGGAAGGCGUCCACCGGAAAGCCUUCCGCAGUAAAGUAAUGCAGGGCCUCAUGCCAGUCUUCAAGCCCGGCCAUGCCUGCGUACUCAAGGUGCACAAUGCCGUUGCCUACGGGACCAGAAACAACGAUGAGCUCGUCCAGAGAAACUACAAACUCGCUGCCCAGGAAUGCUAUGUCCAAAAUACGGCCAGACACUAUGCCAAGAUCUAUGCUGCUGAAGCACAGCCUCUGGAAGGCUUUGGAGAAGUGCCAGAGAUCAUUCCCAUUUUUCUUAUCCAUCGACCUGAGAACAACAUCCCUUAUGCAACAGUAGAGGAGGAGCUGAUUGGAGAAUUUGUGAAGUAUUCCAUCAGGGACGGGAAGGAAAUAAACUUCUUGAGAAGAGAAUCGGAGGCUGGUCAGAAGUGUUGUACCUUCCAGCACUGGGUAUACCAGAAAACAAGUGGAGGCCUCCUAGUCACGGACAUGCAGGGUGUAGGGAUGAAGUUAACUGACGUUGGCAUAGCAACCCUGGCUAAAGGGUACAAAGGAUUUAAAGGUAACUGCUCCAUGACUUUCAUCGAUCAGUUUAAGGCACUGCACCAAUGCAACAAGUAUUGUAAAAUGCUGGGGCUGACGUCGCUUCAAAACAACAACCAGAGACAGAAGAAGCCAAGUGUCGGGAAAAGCAAAAUGCAGCCCAACUCCACCACAGGGAAGAAGAUGGCACCCGGGACCCCAGCGCAAAGGAAAACCUAACGCCCCGUGUGAACUGACGGCCGCCGGCUAGCAGCGCGCAGUCUUGUGGGUGGAACUCUGCAAACCCCCAGGAGAGACGACGUGGGCUGCAGAGAGAGGUGUGACGGUCCUGUGCCCAGCUGCCUGUGCUCCAAGCCGCUUCUAAACCAGUCACCUGCUGUCUUCGCUGAAGUGAUUGCAGAGCGGGAUUUGUGACCAGACUUGCGGAGAGACUGAAUCCACUGUCAGUCUCUAAGACAGUCCGUGUUGCUGUACACCUUUAGCGUUUUUACCGACCUCGCCUUAUGUGUCUGCUGGUGUAUUUGCGCGUGGUUGUGUUGCCAAGGAUUUGGUGCUGAGCAGUGUCUGUCCGCAGCCAAAAUUGUCCCCAUCCUUAUUCCCAACCUCAGGAUCUCUAGACAUAUCCAACUGCCAUAGAAACAGAAAACGUGAAUUCCUUCAUCGGGUCAAGUUGUCGCACUAGUGUCAAAUGUGCUAUUGUGGCUGGAGGUGGCUUCCGAAACGUAAGGCUAUUGCCCAUCCUUAUUUACACAUCCAGUUAUAAUGUUCUGUGUAAUUAAAUUCAUAUUUAAACAAAAA